UAUUGUCUUCCGCCGAAACCACAGAGUUUUGAUUAAUCAAAAUCAAAACUCCAUGCUCUCAAAAAAAAAAAAAAUCAAAACUCCAUAAAUCACAAUAAUUGCAGUGGGUUUUGCUAAUUUCUUCUCAUUCAUUUCAUAAUAACAAUCUCCCUUUUGCCUUUGCGAUCUCCAUCAUUCUGAUUCUGCCAUUGCUCUGCUUUUUUCUUCCUUCGGAUUUCUACCUUUUUUUCUCUUCUGCCACUCAAUUUUCAUCAUCAUUUGAUUCGAUUCCAACCCCACUUAUUAUUCAAAACCUCGGACUCGGUUGGCCCUAUCAGAUUCAAGAUUCCUAAGAAAAAGGAUGGAUUUUUGUGGUGGAGACUUUUUUUCAAGGAGUUAUCUGUGCAUCUGAAGUCAUAAAUCUGUUAUUAUAUAUAUAUAUAUAUAUAUAUAUAUAUAUAUAUAUAUAUAUUAUUGAUUUUUUUUUUGUAAUGGGAUUCAAAUAUGAUGCUGGGCUGUUACGAAAUUAUGUUGGUUGUGAAUGAUGCUUGAUUUUUGGGCAUUUUAGUUUUGGAGAUUAAAAAAAGAUGUUUUUGUGAUGAGUUUAUGUGGUGUUGGAUUGGAUGAAACUUUUGAAAAUGGAAUCUUUAAUUCUUGAAGGAUGGAAUCUUGAGAGAUAGUGGAAUGGAAUCUUGAGAGAUAGUGGUAUGUGAAAUUUGGAAAUUGGCUGCUCAUCUGCUGCAGAGAUUGUGAGUAGAAUGGGUACCCCUAUACGAAGGACCACCAUUUCUAGUGGCUGGCAUUUGAGAAGAACAAAUGAGACAAUGAGGCUAAUUAUAACAACAUUUGUGGGAAUUGUAUUUGGCUUCUUUUUAGGUGUAUCUUUUCCCACACUUUCAUUGACAAAGGUUAACUUAUCAUCAAACAUAUUCCCUUCUGUUGAUCUCACUUAUAUUGAGGACAAGUACUCUGGCCUCUCGACUCAAGCACUUUUAAAUGUAUGGUCGGCUCUUAAAGGAAGGAGAGGCAUCUCGCGCAAAUAUAAUAACACUAAGAUCUGGGUUCCAACCAAUCCUCGAGGUGCAGAGAGACUACCACCCGGUAUUCUCGUAGCCGACUCUGACUUGUACACUCGCAGAUUGUGGGGUGUUCCUGGUGAGGACCUAAUUGUUAAGCCAAGAUAUCUCAUCACCUUUACUGUUGGUUACGACCAGAAAAACAACAUUGAUGCUGCCGUAAAGAAGUUGACAGAGAAUUUCCAAGUUCUGUUGUUUCACUAUGAUGGCCGGACAAGCGAAUGGGAUGAAUUUGAGUGGUCGAAACGGGCUAUCCACGUGAGUGUGAGGAAGCAAACUAAAUGGUGGUACGCAAAGAGAUUCUUACAUCCGGACAUUGUGGCCCCAUACGAUUAUAUCUUCAUUUGGGAUGAAGAUCUCGGAGUUCAGAAUUUCAACCCAGAGGAAUAUAUAAAGCUAGUGAGGAAACACGGGCUGGAAAUUUCACAGCCCGGUUUAUCUCCAGACAGUGGUAUGACAUGGCAGAUGACAAGAAGGCGAGAGGACACCGAAGUUCACAAGGACACAGAGGAAAGACCGGGCUGGUGCACGGAUCCUCAUUUGCCACCUUGUGCAGCAUUUGUCGAGAUCAUGGCUCCCGUGUUCUCUCGGGAUGCAUGGCGUUGUGUAUGGCAUAUGAUCCAGAAUGACUUGGUCCAUGGAUGGGGUCUUGAUUUUGCUCUUAGAAAAUGUGUAGAGCCUGCUCAUGAGAAAAUAGGAGUUGUAGAUGCUCAAUGGAUAGUACAUCAAACUGUUCCUUCACUUGGGAAUCAGGGUCAAGCAGAGCAAGGCAAGGCGCCAUGGGAAGGGGUGAGGGAGAGGUGUAGGAACGAAUGGACUUUGUUUCAGGAUCGCAUGACUGCAGCUGAGAAGGCGUAUUUUGAGGCCAUGGGCAUCGAUCCUCCUAACUCCACAGCUCGUCGUUAGGUCCAUUGGGAAAGGGAGGGAGCAUUCCGGUUUCGAUGGUGCUUGUAUGUAUUUACCAAUCGUGCUUCAUCUUCUAUUCCCGACUGUAUUUUGCCCUUCUCGUGGAAGGGGUGUUUUCAUGUACAAGAACUGAAUGAGAACUGUAGCCUUUGCUUGAGUUCAUAGAAGUGAGCUGUACAUCUUCUCUAUA